ACAAAACUUGAAGGAAUGCCAAAACGAUUUUCAAUUAAAAUGUUCAAACUGAAAAAAUUUUCAAGCCGAACGGACGCAAAUUUGCUCCGUUAAAAAAUCAAAUACCUAUAAGGACUAACACUAAAACAUUAGCAAGGACUAAAUAAAUAUAAAAAAGUUGUAAAUAAAUUAAUAUUAACCUAAAACUAUUAAAAAAAAACAACUAAAGAAAACCUAUUAAAAAACCAGCGUAACAGUCUUAGCGUUUUUUUUCGCGAAAAGCGCGCAGGAAGUGCCAACAAACCGCGCACACGUCUCAUUAAAGUAAAAGCCAGCUAGGGUAGCAUCAUUCAACUUCAACGCCAUGGCGGCACCCGAUGAAAAGGAGAAGAAGGAGAAAGUCGACGACCGCUUCGAAUAUUUUAAUAAUUAUGUCAUGAAAACUUUACGUUUGAAAAAUGAGCGCUGGGUAAAACUAAUGGGAAUGCCCGAGUCGAAAGAAAUAAUCCAAGUGUUCCUCAACAAUAGCAGUCAACCGCGUUUGGUAUUCUACCUGAAUGUCGCUUCCAUUUUGGUACCGGCAUUUGACUUUCCCGCAAAACCACGUAGUAAAAUCGUCUACUUCAUGCGACGCGAAAUACCAUCCGACCUCUCAUUGCAGGAUAUGGACAGCAAACUAAUGAUUGGCGAUAUACUGCCAAAUGUACUGGAAAAUCUCUCGGUGCUCUGUGAUGAUGUCAUUUUCCCUGUGGUCAAUAAUCCCGUCAAUCAAGACGGCUGGACAUCGGUGAUAGUUAAUGAUAUGAAAACCGAAUCACAAGAUUUACGGAACGGCAUCGCACAAAUGAAGGGUAUCGUUAUAAAUCGUACAAUUUUGCCGUUACCCAUAUGUAUCGACGAAGUGAUGGAUUGCGCGCCACAAAUUGCAAGCGGCAAUUUAAGCAACUUCAACAACCUACUCAAACAUUCAUUGGAAUUCAUGGUGGUGAAAUGGCUCGACUCGGUGGAAGAUUUGGUCUUGGUAAAGGCACGGGAACGCAUCUAUGCCAAGGAAACACAUGCAAAGCCGGAUCUGCUCUUCAGCUUCUGGGAGACACGCUUAGAGAACUUGGAGAAUUUAGCCGAUCAAUUAGGUGAUAAACGCAUAAAAACUAUAGGUUUUGUGUUGGAAAAAAUCAGUUCGGUUUUCGAGUCCACGUAUCGAAAGAUCGUAGAGCUGGUGCUGCAAUCGUUAGCCGAGGCACGUGAUAUAACCAAGUACUUAGCACCACUGCGCAAAGUCAUCGAUACAUUCGAAGUGAAUCGGAUGGAUGAAAAUCGGGCACAAUUGCGCCCGGUACUACUAACUAUAGGACUAGUUUGGGGUCACUCGAAAUACUUUCACACUUUGGAGAAUAUGGUACUACUCUUCGAGCUGUGGCACAAUUCGCUGAUUGAGAAUGUCAUCCUAACAAUAGAACCCGAGAGCUGUUUCGGUGAUGUCGACGAGGCCUAUAAACGCAUCAUAAUGAAUAUUGAUCACGUGGCAUAUUACAAAAAAACAUAUGAUCAUUGCCGUUCGAGUUUGAAGAAAUUCAAAAUUGGCACACAAUUCAACUCACAAGAUUGGACUUGGCAUCCGAAAACGAUUUUCGAUCGCUUAGAUCGUUUCGUAGAACGCUUGUAUGUGAUGCGGAAAAUUUUCGAUACCGGACGUGACUUUCUUAAACUGGAAAAGGUUACAGUUGGCGGUUUGAAGGGUCGCCAUAUCUCGGCGGCCUUAACUAAAAUCCUCGAGGAAUUCAAUAAUAAGUAUCGUGAUUGGACAAAUGGUAUGACAUACAAUGUGCUGGAUCCAGAUGAGUCGAUUACGCAAUUUGAAAAUGAUGUCGCGAAAUUUCAUGACUUCGCCGACCAAUUGGAGCGACGCAUUGCAUUCCAAUUCGAAUUGGCUUUGUUAGACUCACAUGAUCUGAUGCUGUGCGGCAGUUUGUUGUUGCGACCGAUCAUCAAGGCGCAAUUGGAUCCACAUAUGCAUAUACUAGUGGAUGAUUUGGCCGAAGAGAUACAUGCGGUUAAAAAGGACUUCAAUGUUUUCGAGGCCAUUUAUCGAAAAUCGGGUGUGAAGGCUCUACCCACUGAUGAUUGCUUCCCGAAAGUCUCUGGCGCUAUUUCAUGGUUACACAAAUUGCGACAUCGCAUCACUUGGAUCAAAUCAGAUUAUGAACUCUACGAAUAUCCUUUAUUCGACAACGAAUAUGGCCAACAAACACUGGAGAUCUACCAUCAAAUGCUGAGUGAAAUCGACGCGCUGAAACAGGCGAUACUAGAGGAAUGGUAUACAACGGUGCGUGACCAGAUCGCCUUUGGCAUGCAACAGACGCUAUUGAAGAAGGACGAAAAAGGCGUUCUUUCGGUGAAUUUUACACAGGAAUUAAUGGAUGCUUUGAAGGAUAUCAAAGUGUUGCGUAUCAUGGAGUGCGAAGUACCGGAUGAGUUGGUUGAGUUUUACGAACGGAGUGAAGAGUUCUGGCAAGCGCGGCUCAAACUUAUGCGUAUAGCCGAAUGGUAUAAUGACAUUAAUGCGCGUUCGCAGCCGAGCGAAAUGAAUUUGAUACGCGCGGAGUUGACUGCAAUUGAGCAUUAUAUGGAGCCAUUGAUUAGCGAUAUUAUUUGGAUGUCAUUCGAUCAACGUUUCAUAAACAAAGUCUUUGGUAAAAUCAGUCAUUUACAAAAGCGCAUCGAGAAAUGUCAAGCCAAUUUGGAUGCCAUUAAACAGAGUAUCAACGCUUGGGGAAAAGUACCAUUAUUCCAACGCAAAGAACUCAAUCCAAAGGCACUGCUGGGCACCGAACCACGUGCGGAUAUUAUAGCUAAGCGUAUCAAACAAGCGAACGAUACCAAAGAACUCAUCGAUCGAUUAAUGUACGAGAAUGCAAAACUAUUCUUUGACAUACCACAACGCUAUCAAAUUGAGGAGAGCAGCGAGGCGUUCGACGAGGAGGAAGGCGAUGAGCGUCCCACGCCAAAUAUAGCUGCUGUUGGUGCUACGGCAACUGCUGCUGAGAAAGCUGUGCCAGAUGCAAAGAGAUACACACUGAUGAAUGAUGGCAUAGAAGAGGCAUCGUCGGAGGGAGAGAUCAUCACGCCACAACAUCGUUAUGAUCUGUUGCAGACACUAACCGAGACAGAGCGUGAACAGUUUCGUGAAUAUGAGAAAUAUGUGGACACACAAAUCGCUUCAGAGCUUUUGGAUGCUGUCAUUACGAGUAUUACAUACCUACGCAUGGAAAUCGAUAAUCGUUAUGAAAAUGAUGCACCGAUCUUUGAAAUUCUCAUGGAGUUGCAAGAACCACUGGUUGUUUACUUUUUAAAUUUGGACCCCAAUUCACCGUAUGGUUUCACAGUGCAUAUCGACACUUUGAUGGAUGAUAUGUACAAUAUGAUGAGCAUGUUGCCACGUGUGGCACAGGAUCCGCCAGAGGAAGGCGAAGAGCCCGAAAACUUUAUGGAUGAAAUAAAGGAUAAACCCGAACUCCAGAAGCAACGCAAUGAAAUCAUGAGUAGAGUAAAAUUCGCACUACAACAAAUACGUUCGCAUUCGAAGCUCUAUAUGGAUUAUUCAUAUUUGUGGCUCUCAGACAAGCAACAAUAUCUUGCCGAUGUGAAGAAAUAUGGUCGACCCUUAACUGUGGCCGAACGUGAGGCUGAACUUGAAGGGGAAGGCGAGUCAGGUUUGAAACCGCUAAAAGAUGAGUAUCCACCGCUAAGUAUUUACAAAGAACAGUUGGAUAAAUUCAUUGCUUUACAAAAUGAGAUCUCGCAAUGGGAGUCCUAUAUUGACUUCAAUGUCUGGUUGCGUUUGAAUAAGAAAGGCUUUAAAAAUGCAGUGCUUAAUCAGGUCUCCAAGUGGAUAAGUCUCUUUAAGCAAGAUCUCAUCGAUAGAGUUAUGAACUCGCUACAAGAACUGGAAGAUUUCGUUGAAGAAGCAAAUGAAGCACUGAAAAUCGAACUCAAUAAAGAUGACUUUGAAGGUUUGCUCAAAAUUCUUUCCGUGCUCAAUACGAUCAAUGAGAAGCAAUACACAUACGAUUAUAUGUUCGAUCCAUUGCGCGAAGUUGUGGAUCUGCUGAAACAAUAUAAUUAUGACUUUAAGGAUAGCGUCUUAGCACAGCUAAACGAGCUGCCCGAUAAAUGGAUGAAAGUAAAGAAGAAUGCCGCAGCUGUCAAGCAAACUAUUGCGCCCAUACAGUCCUACCAAGUCGAUCUUAUUGAGAAAAGGAUUAUAUUAUGCGACACGAUGGCCAGUCAAUACCGCAAGCGAUUUCUACGCAAAAAGUUCUUCCACGUUCCCUGCAAUAAUCCAUAUGAACUUAUCGAUGAAGCUGACUUGGAGAUAACCGCUUUGGAGGAGCGUCAAAAGUCACUCUCCGAAUCUGCUGUACUAUUCGAACUACAAGGUCCAGAUCCCAGUAAGAUUGAGCGCUGUCGUAAGGAUUUGCAGCUACUAAAGGUGAUGUGGGACUUUGCUAUAACAAUACAAACGACGAUCGAUGAAUGGAAAAAGACACCUUGGAAGAAAAUCGACAUUGAGUCAAUGGAUCAAGAAUGUAAGAAAUUCGGCAAAGAGUUACGUGGUUUGGGCAAAGAAAUGCGCUCUUGGGACCCUUACAUACACACUGAGAAUUCGCUAAAAAAUCUUAUGACUUCAUUGCGCGCGGUUACCGAACUACAAAAUCCAGCUAUACGCGAUCGUCACUGGGUUGAGUUGAUGACAACAACUGGUGUUAAGUUCAGCAUGGAUGAUUCGACAACACUGAAAGACUUGAUCGAUCUUAAUCUACACGAAUAUGAGGAAGAAGUGAAGGGUAUUGUAGACAAGUCGGUUAAAGAGCAGGCCAUGGAGAAGAUGCUUAAAGAUUUGGCGAGUACGUGGGCCAACAUGGAAUUCCAGAAUGAAAUACACGAGCGCACUGGUUUGAAAUUACUUAAAGCGUCGGAGGAAAUGAUUGAAACGCUGGAGGAGAACCAAGUGCAGCUACAAAAUAUGGCAUCAUCAAAGUACGUCGGCUACUUUCAGCAGGAAGUCGCUUCUUGGCAACAAAAGCUAUCAAAUGCGGAUCAAAUCAUCGGUUCAUGGUUUGAGGUGCAACGUAAAUGGCAAUAUCUCGAGAGUAUAUUCAUCGGUUCGGAAGAUAUUCGUUCACAGCUGCCAGAAGACUCCAAACGUUUCGAUUACAUUGAUCGUGAGUUCAAACAACUACUGAAUCAAAUGAAUGCCGAUCGCAAUGUGGUGCGUUCAACUAACCGGCCCAAUAGCAAGCUCUACGACAUACUCGAAGGGCUACUGAAACAGCUGACUAUGUGCGAGAAAGCGCUCAAUGACUAUUUGGAGACCAAACGUUUGGCAUAUCCACGCUUUUACUUCGUGUCCUCUGCCGAUUUACUGGACAUACUCUCCAAUGGUAAUAAUCCAAAAAUGGUAUGUCGACAUUUGACGAAGCUCUACGACUCGAUGGGACGAUUGAAUCUCAUAGCGGGCACGAAACUUGCAGUCGGCAUGAUUGCGAAGGAACAUGAAGAGUUCGUGCCUUUCUUAGAUAAUUGCGAUUGCAGCGGCAAAGUCGAAGUGUGGCUCAAUCGUGUUACGGAUAGAAUGCGUGACACGUUACGUGAUCACUUUCGGCGCGCUGUCAUCGCGUACGAAGAGAAAGCGCGUCACAUUUGGAUAUUCGAAUGGCCCGCACAACCCGCCUUGGUAACCACACAGAUCUGGUGGACAACCGAAACGAAUGACGCUUUCGCGAAGGUGCAGCAACGCUAUGAGAAUGCCAUAAAAGACUACAACAAGAAACAAGUGGCACAGCUGAAUAACUUGAUUAACAUACUGCUCACCGAUCUCACGCCAGCUGAUCGUCAAAAAAUCAUGACUGUCUGCACGAUCGAUGUGCACAGUCGUGAUGUUGUGGCAAAAAUUAUUUCCGCCAAAGUAGAAGUGGCCACAGCCUUUCAAUGGCAAAGCCAGUUGCGUCAUCGCUGGGAUUUGAAGUUCGACGAUUGUUUUGCCAACAUCUGUGAUGCGCAAUUUAAAUAUGAUUACGAAUAUCUCGGCAAUACGCCGCGUCUGGUGAUCACACCACUCACCGAUCGUUGUUACAUAACCUUAACCCAAUCACUGCAUUUAGUGAUGGGUGGCGCGCCGGCCGGACCAGCCGGUACAGGCAAAACUGAGACCACCAAGGAUUUGGGACGUGCGCUUGGCAUGAUGGUAUAUGUUUUCAAUUGCUCCGAGCAGAUGGAUUAUAAAUCUUGCGGUAAUAUACAUAAAGGCCUAGCGCAGACCGGCGCUUGGGGUUGUUUCGACGAAUUCAAUCGCAUUUCGGUUGAAGUGCUCUCCGUGGUGGCAGUGCAAGUCAAGUGUAUACAGGAUGCCAUUAAGGCUAAGAAAGUGAUGUUCAACUUCUUGGGCGAAAUCAUAUCGCUUCGCCCCACCGUCGGCAUGUUUAUCACUAUGAAUCCCGGUUACGCUGGACGUGCCGAAUUACCCGAGAAUCUGAAAGCGCUCUAUCGACCCUGCGCCAUGGUCGUACCGGAUUUUGCGCUCAUCAGCGAAAUCAUGAUGGUUGCGGAAGGCUUCCAGGAAGCACGUCCGUUAGCUCAAAAGUUCAUUACACUCUACACGCUAUGUAAGGAGCUGUUAUCUAAGCAAGAUCACUAUGAUUGGGGUUUGCGCGCUAUAAAGUCAGUGUUGGUCGUAGCCGGCUCACUGCGUCGCGAUGAUCGUUAUCGCCCGGAAGAUCAAGUGCUUAUGCGUGCACUGCGUGACUUCAAUAUACCAAAAAUCGUCACUGACGAUGUGCCGGUCUUCAUGGGACUAAUUGGUGAUCUAUUCCCUAACUUGGAUGUGCCGCGCAAACGUUCGUUAGAGUUCGAAGCUGUAAUCAAGAGAUCAGCUAUUGAUCUUAAGCUGCAGCCCGAAGAUGGUUUCAUUUUGAAAAUUGUACAACUGGAAGAACUCUUUGCUGUCCGGCAUUCGGUAUUCAUAAUUGGUUUCGCCGGCACUGGUAAAUCGGAGGUUUGGAAGACGCUAAAUAAAACUUAUCAAAAUCAGAGACGUAAACCACAUUACAAUGAUCUCAACCCGAAAGCUGUCACGAAUGAUGAACUUUUCGGUAUUGUCAAUCCGGCGACGCGUGAAUGGAAGGAUGGGCUCUUCUCCAUCAUAAUGCGUGAUCAGGCGAAUUUAGGUGGCACUGGCCCGAAAUGGAUUGUACUGGAUGGCGAUAUUGAUCCCAUGUGGAUUGAGAGUCUCAAUACGGUGAUGGAUGAUAACAAAGUGUUGACACUGGCGAGUAAUGAGCGCAUUGCACUCACGAAAGAGAUGCGUUUGCUCUUCGAAAUUGCUAAUCUGAAAACCGCAACGCCUGCUACAGUUUCGCGUGCUGGUAUACUCUACAUUAAUCCGCAAGAUUUGGGCUGGAGUCCAUUCAUACAAUCGUGGUUGAAUACACGUGGCAAUCAAUCCGAAGUCUCCACACUCAAUGUGCUCUUCGACAAGUACGUGCCGCCGAUGUUGGAUGUGUUUAAUAAACGCUUGAAGCGUAUUACGCCCAUCUCGAAUAUUGCCAUGUUACAAAUGACCUGCUUCCUGCUUGACUGCAUGCUUACGCCGCAGAAUGUGCCCAACGACUGUCCGAAGGAUUGGUAUGAAAUUUACUUUGUAUUCAGCAUAAUUUGGGGUUUUGGCUCGACGCUCUUCCAAGAUCAAAUCAUCGACUGGCGCAAUGAGUUUCAUAAAUGGUUCAUCAAUGAGUUUAAAGCAGUUAAAUUUCCGCCAGGCAACAAUGUAUUUGCCUAUUAUGUGGAUCAUGAGUCGAAGAAUUUCUUACCAUGGACCAAGUUGGUGCCAACAUUCGAGUUGGACCCGGAUGUACCUCUACAGUCCAAUCUCGUGCAUACCUCGGAGACGACGCGUUUGCGUUACUUUAUGGAUGUGCUUGUCGCAGAUAGUCAUCCAGUAAUGCUGAUCGGUGCUGCGGGCUCUGGAAAAACUAUAAUAAUGGGCUCGAAAUUGAAUUCGUUGCCAACGGAAAAGUAUGCUGUGCAGAAUGUGCCUUUCAAUUUCUAUACGACCUCGGAAAUGUUGCAGCGCGUACUAGAGAAACCGUUAGAGAAGAAAGCUGGACGCAAUUAUGGACCGCAGGGUAAUAAGAAUAUGUUAUACUUUGUGGAUGACAUGAAUAUGCCGGAAGUAGAUAAAUACGGUACUGUGCAACCGCACACACUAAUACGUCAAUUUAUGGACUACCACCACUGGUACGAUCGCGCGAAGAUGACAUUACGUGACAUACAUAAUUGUCAAUUCGUCUCCUGCAUGAAUCCUUCGGCCGGUUCGUUCACCAUCAAUCCACGCUUGCAGCGCCACUUCUGCUCUUUUGCUGUCAAUGCUCCUGCUGCCGAUGCACUCUUCCACAUUCUUUACUCCAUAUUGUCGCAGCAUUUGGCCACACCGCAUCUCAAAUUCGACAAAGCCGUAAUAAGCUUAGGCGAGCCGCUCGUUCAUACAGCCAUUGCAUUGCAUCAAAAGGUGGCCAGCACAUUCCUGCCCACGGCCAUUAAGUUUCACUAUAAUUUCAAUUUACGUGACAUCGCCAACAUAUUCACUGGUGUACUCUAUGCAAACUUCGAAACAUGCCCCAAUCCCAACAUGCUAUUGCGACUUUGGGUGCACGAAUGUAAUCGCGUGUAUGGCGACAAGCUCGUUGAUAACGCGGACAUAGCCAACUUCCGCAAACUGGUCAAUGACAUGGUGCGCAAAGGUAUUGAAACCUUCACCGAGGAUGUGGUGUUUCAGCGACCACACAUCUACUGUCACUUUGCCAAGGGACUCUCUGACAUUAAAUAUAUGCCCAUACCAGACUGGGAGCGACUACAUCGGCUAUUAACGGAGGCGCAGGAACGCUACAAUGACUUUGUGGGCGCAUUGAAUUUGGUGCUUUUCGAGGAUGCCAUGUCGCACGUUUGUCGCAUCAGUCGUAUACUGGAAUCGUCACGUGGCUAUGCGCUACUCAUUGGCGUUGGUGGUUCGGGCAAACAGUCGUUGACACGUCUCGCAUGCUUCAUCUCAUCCUUGGACGUUUUCCAAAUACAGCUCACCAAAGAUUACAGUAAUAAUGAUUUGAAGGCGAACUUGUCAACGUUAUACAUGAAGGCUGGCGUUAAGUCAACACCUUGUUGUUUCCUAAUGACCGACUCGGAGGUGGCUAGAGAGCAAUUUUUGGUGCUGGUGAAUGAUAUGCUCGCUUCCGGCGAUAUACACGAACUUUUCCCAGACGAUGAGGUGGAAAACAUAAUCAGUGCCAUGCGCAAUGAGGUCAAACAAUUGGGUAUUGUGGAUACACGCGAAAAUUGCUGGAAAUAUUUCAUUGACAAGGUGCGCAGUCUACUAAAGGUGGUGCUGUGUUUCUCACCGGUCGGCGCUACGUUACGUGUGCGCGCACGUAAAUUUCCAGCGCUUGUGAACUGCACGACUAUCGAUUGGUUCCAUGAAUGGCCACAGGAGGCACUCGAAUCGGUAUCAGCGCGUUUCCUCAACGAAAUUGAUGUAUUGCCGAAAAAUUUGGCCAGUCCGGUGUCGAAGUUUAUGGCUUAUGUGCACAAGACUGUCAAUGACAUUUCGGCAGUUUACUUGGCCAACGAUAAACGCUACAACUACACUACACCGAAAUCUUUUCUCGAACUAAUCAAUUUAUACGCGAAAUUGCUGCAGGAGAAAGUGAAGGCCAACCAAGAUCGGCGUGUGCGUUUAGAGAAUGGUCUGAUCAAGUUGGCGAGCUGUUCAAAGGAAGUCGAUGCAUUGCAGGAUGUGCUCAAGGUACAAGAGGUCGAGUUAAAGGCGAAAAACGAAGAAGCCGAUCAUUUGAUUAAAGUUGUGGGCGCCGAAAACGAAAAAGUGUCCAAGGAGCGUGCAUUUGCCACAAAAGAGGAGAAGAAUGUGCGUCAAAUUGAGGAGGACGUAACGGCUAAAGCCAAGUUGUGCGAGGAAGAUUUCCGCAAAGCACAGCCAGCACUUAUAGCCGCACAGGAGGCGCUCAAUACACUCAACAAAAACAAUCUGACCGAAUUGAAGUCUUUCGGUUCGCCGCCAGAGGCUGUCGUGAGCGUAUGUGCCGCCGUAUUGGUACUGUUCGCUUCUAAGGGUAAAAUACCAAAAGAUCGCAGCUGGAAGUCGUGUCGUCAAAUAAUGGGCAAUGUCGAUAAAUUCCUUGGCGAUUUGGUGAAUUAUGACAAGAAACAUAUACAUCCGGAUAUUAUUAAAGCCCUGCAACCCUACAUUAACGAUCCAGAGUUUAUUCCGGAAAAAAUCCAAGCCAAAUCAGCAGCAGCGGCUGGCCUCUGCUCGUGGGUGAUAAAUAUAAAUCGUUUCUACGAUGUCUACUUGAUUGUAGAGCCGAAGGAGCGCGCACUAGUUGAAGCAGAGCAAGAACUGAAGGAUGCGCGCGACAAGCUGCAAGCGCUAAACGAUCGCCUACUCGAACUGGAGGAGCAGUUGAAUGUGCUGCAGUUGGAAUAUGAUGAGGCCUUGGCCAAGAAACAAAAGUGUCAAGAUGAGGCGGACAAAACCGCUUUCACCAUAGACUUGGCUAAUCGUUUGAUUGGUGGUUUGGCCUCGGAAAAAAUACGCUGGACCGAGUCGGUGAAGAGCUUGAAGGAAGGUCAAAUUACGCUACCGGGCGAUAUGCUGCUCAUCUCGUGCUUCAUUUCGUACGUCGGCUGCUUUACGCGCCCCUAUCGCAUUGAGCUGCAGCAGAAAAUGUGGCGACCCGCUUUCAAAAAUAGCAUUCCCAAAAUUCCAGCGACUGAGGACAGUGAUCCUUUCGAAAUGAUUUGUGAUGACGCACAAAUCGCUGAGUGGAACAACCAAGGCUUGCCGAGCGAUCGUAUGUCAGCGGAAAAUGCUUCGAUUCUAGUGCACUCCGAUCGCUACCCAUUGAUGAUAGAUCCACAACUACAAGGCAUCAAGUGGGUGAAGCAAAAGUAUCAACACAAUUUAAUGGUCGUACGACUUACAAUGAAGAACUAUCUAGACUUGGUGGAGAAAGCUGUUUCCAGUGGCAACGUUUUGCUGCUCGAGAAUAUUGGCGAAAAUGUGGAUGCUGUACUGAAUCCAUUGUUGGGACGCAUGCUUAUAAAGAAGGGCACAUGCCUUAAAAUGGGCGAUCGCGAAAUCGACUUUAAUCCCAAAUUCCGUCUUAUCUUACACACCAAAUUGGCCAAUCCACACUACAAACCCGAAAUGCAGGCGCAGACCACACUCAUCAACUUCACGGUAACACGUGAUGGACUCGAAGAUCAGCUGCUAGCAGAAGUGGUAAAAGUUGAACGUCCCGAUUUAGAGGUUAUGCGCACACGACUGACGCAACAACAGAAUCAUUUCAAAAUCACAUUAAAGUUUCUGGAAGAUGACUUAUUGCAGCGCUUGUCAUCGGCUGGUGAAAAUGUGUUGGAAGAUGUUACGCUCGUAAUGAAUUUGGAGAAGACCAAAAAGACCGCAGACGAAAUCGAAGUAAAGGUAGCUGAGGCGAAAAUUACUGCGGUGCAGAUUGAUACCGCACGUGAAGCUUAUCGACCGGCUUCGGAGCGCGCUUCAAUCAUUUAUUUCAUACUCAAUGAUCUCUUCAAAAUCAAUCCGAUUUACCAAUUUUCGCUUAAAGCAUUUACCGUUGUCUUCUCAAACGCCAUGCAACGCGCAGUGCCGGCUGAAAAACUGAAAGAUCGCGUAGAGAAUCUCAUCGACUCCAUAACAUACUGCAGUUUCUUGUAUACCUCACGUGGUCUCUUCGAGGCCGAUAAACUCAUCUUUCUAACGCAAAUGUGUUUGCAGAUACUUAUCAGCGCUGGUGAGGUGGAGCAUGCAGAAUUGGACUUUCUCUUGCGUUACCCUUACAUGCCGAAUCAGACAUCGCAACUGUCCUUCCUCACCAAUGUUGGUUGGGGUGGCAUACGCGCACUAAGCAAUCUGCCGGCGUUUAGAAAUCUAGACAAAGACAUUGAGGGUUCACACAAACGUUGGAAGAAGUUCGUCGACUCAGAGUGUCCGGAACGUGAAAAGUUUCCAGGUGAGUGGAAGACGAAAUCGGCUAUACAGCGCUUGUGCAUUAUGCGUUGCAUACGCCCGGAUCGUAUGUCUUACGCCAUGCAAGUAUUCAUUGAAGAGAAAUUGGGCAGCAAGUAUAUAGAUGCCAGAUCGAUGGAGUUCGCGAAGACCUUCGAAGAGACAAGCCCCGAAACACAUGUAUUCUUUGUGCUCUCACCCGGUGUUGAUCCACUCAAGGAUGUCGAAAAGUUGGGCAAAGUUAUGGGCUACCAUGGUGAUUAUGAAAACUUCCAUAGUGUUUCGUUGGGUCAAGGCCAAGAGAUUGUUGCCGAAAACUCAAUAGACACAGCAUCACGUAAGGGUCACUGGGUUAUACUACAGAACAUUCAUUUGGUCGCACGUUGGCUGCCCACGUUGGAAAAGAAAAUGGAGGCAUCGCUUAUAGAUGUGGACCCGAAUUAUCGGCUUUUCUUAAGCGCUGAACCAGCAGCCGAUCCUGCUUACCAUAUACUACCGCAAGGUAUUCUAGAAUCCGCCAUUAAGAUUACAAACGAACCGCCGACCGGCAUGCAAGCGAAUGUACACAAAGCGCUUGACAAUUUCAAUGAAGAAACACUCGAAAUGUGCUCGAAAGAAACCGAAUUCAAAGCGGUACUAUUUGCGCUCUGCUAUUUUCAUGCGGUGGUAGCAGAGCGACGCAAAUUCGGACCACAAGGCUGGAAUCGUGUUUACCCCUUCAAUGUGGGCGAUUUAACUAUUUCGGUUUAUGUACUUUAUAACUAUCUUGAGGCGAAUACGCGUGUACCAUGGGAGGAUCUACGUUAUCUGUUUGGCGAAAUCAUGUAUGGCGGUCACAUAACCGACGACUGGGAUCGACGUCUCUGUCGCACUUACUUGCAGGAGUUCAUGCAGCCGGAAUUAAUCGACGGCGAUCUGGAGUUCUGUCCAGGCUUUCCAGCACCUGGUAUACUCAAAUAUCAGGGCUAUCAUGAUUACAUUGACGAUGUCUUACCAACCGAAAGCCCCACACUAUACGGUCUACAUUUGAAUUCGGAAAUUGGUUUCCUAACCACAGUUUCAGAGCGACUAUUUCGUAUUGUUUUUGAGUUGCAACCACGUGUUGCUGGCGCUGAAUCGGGUGGCGGUGAGGCGCAGUCACAAGAAGAUGUCGUCAAAAGCAUGAUUGAAGAUCUGCUCGAUAAGAUACCGUCACCUUUCAACAUACCCGAACUUAUGGCGCGUGUUGAGGAUCGCAAUCCAUACAUUAUUGUCGCCUUUCAGGAAUGUGAACGCAUGAAUAUUUUAAUGAAUGAAUUGAAGCGUUCACUGCAUGAGCUCGAGUUGGGCUUGAAGGGUGAACUAACGAUUUCGUCAAUAAUGGAGGGACUAAUGCAAUCUUUAUUCAUGGAUCAAGUGCCCGAAUCAUGGACAAAACUCGCAUAUCCUAGUCUCUUAGGUCUGCAAUCGUGGUUUGCUGAUUUGCAGAUGCGUUUACGUGAGCUAGAAGGUUGGGUAGCUGAUUUUCGCAUGCCAUCGUCUAUUUGGCUUGGUGGUUUCUUCAAUCCGCAAAGCUUGCUCACCGCCAUUAUGCAACAGACGGCACGUAAAAACUCUUGGGCUUUGGAUCGUAUGUGUCUCAAUUGUGAUGUGACUAAGAAAACUAAAGAGGAAAUUAAUGCACCGCCUAAGGAGGGCUCCUAUGUUAACGGCUUAUUUAUGGAAGGCGCUCGCUGGGAUAUGAAAUUGGGUACCAUUGCUGAUGCCUUCUUGAAGGAACUAUUUCCCCCCAUGCCUGUGAUUUUCAUUAAAGCAGUUUUACUCGACAAACAAGAUACGAAAAACAUCUAUGAAUGUCCGGUCUACAAGAUACGCAUGCGCGGCCCUACCUUCGUUUGGACUUUCAACUUGAAGACGAGAGAAAAGGCUGCCAAAUGGACGUUGGCCGGUGUUUGCUUACUGCUGCAAACCUAAAAUGUAUUUACACAAACGGACAAAAGCCAGCACAAAAGGAUAACAAUUUUAAUGGCAUUGGAAGUGUCUGCACUUUAAACGAGAUCAGCAAAUGUGCCGCCAACUCACGUUGUUCUUUUGACUCAACCAAGACAUUUAUAUUUGUAUUUCAUAUUCCUUUUAUUAUUAGAAAAACAUUAUGGAGAGCGCCAUAUUUGGGGCUUCAAUUGUGACUUUUUGAAUUUACACACACCCUUUAUAUUUGUGACAUGUUUUUACAAAAUUUUCAGUUUAUUAAAUUUUUGUAUUGGA